AGAAUCUCAGUUAGCGAAAUUCAGUCAGUGAACCAAGUUACUGAGUUGAAAAAACUCGUUCUACUGACUGCUCUCAGUGUUUAAUUUGCUCGAAGCGAAGUCACAAGAGUCGCAAGAUACGGCAAUUAGAUAUAGAAAGAUAUCACAGAUAAGUGAGAUGGCAGCCAGCAAGUCACAAAUAGAGGAGCUAUACGAUUUCAUCCAUCCGCUGGCAGUGAAAGCUGGGGAAAUCCUACUGGAGGGUUAUGAAAAUGCCGGGAAAGCUGUCUCCCUCAAGGAUGGAGAAUUCUACAAUGUAGUCACUGCCUAUAACAACCAGAUCGAAGAGUUUCUCAUGGAGACGAUACUGGCUAGCUAUCCGGAUCACAAGUUCAUUGGCGAGGAGGAUACCCACAAGAACAACAACGUGACUAAAGAGCUCACGGAUGCGCCCACUUGGAUCAUAGAUCCCAUCGAUGGCACUUCCAAUUUCAUUAAGCAGAUCCCACAUGUCUCCGUUUCGAUUGGUUUGUCCAUUAACAAGCAGAUUGUACUGGGGGUGGUCAAUAAUCCUGCCCAGAGAAAGCUAUAUACAGCUAAAUUGGGACAGGGUGCCUUUUGCAAUGGGAAACCCAUCCAUGUGAGCAGCUGUGAGCAACUUAACGAUGCCAAUGUGGCUUAUGAGGUUUGUUUGCUGCACGCUCCAAAGAUUCGGAAUAAACAUAUCAAGAGGAUUUACCAUGUGGGAUCCAAUGCCAGGAGACUCCUUGCCUAUUCAGCUGUGGUGGAUUCACUUUGCAUGGUGGCUGCCGGUAAUCUGGAUGCCUUUCACAUCGAGGACAUGUAUCCCUGGGAUUGUGCCGCUGGCUACUUGCUCAUCCGUGAGGCUGGCGGAGUGGUCACCCAUCCGUAUGGUGGACCUUUUGAUAUCAUGAAACCCGAUUUAAUCUGCGCCGGAACGGAGAAACUGAGAGCGGAGAUAGAGAAACUCAUUCGGAAGGCCGAUCAGGAGGAGCAUGUUGGCGGGGAAUGAGUUUUAAAACCCUGAGAGCUUUUGUCAACAAGAAUAUAAUCUUGUCGUCAAACAUUGAAGAGCGCAUCAUUUAAAUGGGGGGUUAAGAUAAUGAGGGAAACUGCAAAUCAUCAUGCAAACACAGUUUUAGAAACUAGGUUUAUUAUGUUGGUUCUAUAAUAUAAAUGGAAUAAUAUCAGAUUGUUUGUACGCUUACAAACCCCGACAUUACAAUAUUGACUACAAAAUUCUGGAACUACUUUAAAUGCACAAAACAAUAUUUUCAAUUAAAUUUUUUUUUUAUUAAAUCAUA